AUACCGGAGCCGCUCUUUCCUCUCUGAAUAUGCAGUCUGAGGUUUUUUUUAUUUUGAAUUAAAUUUAAAGUCACUGAUAUUCAUGAAAUUAAGCAUUUAAAUAGCCUUUAAUCGUGUGAUUCGAGUGCUCUAGAGCCAGCCGCCCGUCCCCCGACCGCCCAAGUAACACGGGCAACCCGAAGAAUUGGUAGAAAUAAAUUAAAAGACCACAGCGUGCCGCAAACCCCAAAAGAGAGCGAAUCUCAGUGCGAGGUGCAUGCAGCACGUUGUAAUUAGGUUAGCAGCAUACAGCAGCACCACAUAACAUCAUAACAUGGCACAGCAGCAGGGCAUGGACUCGGCCUUGUUCGAGCGGCGACUUAAGCCGGUGUACGACAACCUAGAAGUGGGCAACAACCGCAAGGCCCUGCAGGAAUCCGAAAAGUUGCUUCGCAAACAUCCAACUCUCCUCUGCGCUCGUGCGCUGAAAGGCCUAUCCCUUCUACGGUUGGGGCGCUACGACGAAAGCCAUGGAUGCCUUCAGGCUGUCGCCGAGGAGAAACCCACGGAUGAUUCUACGCUGCAGGUGCUAUCAUUUUGCUAUCGCGAAAUGGAGCAACUGGACAAAAUUGUGGAGCUGUACCAGCACGCGGUAAAGCAAAAUCCGGGCAACGAGGAGCUGCUUGCCCACCUUUUCAUCUCGCAUGUGAGAGUGGAGGACUACAAGGCACAACAGGCGGUGGCCCUGCAACUGUACAAGGCUCAGCCAAAGAACGCUUACUACUUUUGGUCCGUGAUCAGCGUAGUCUUCCAGGGUAUCCGGGGGCCGGAGUCAGCGCUGCCCGAGAAACGGAAAAUCUACCUGGCACUGGCGCAGCGCAUGGUUGACAAGCACAUCAAAGAGGGCAAGUUGGAGACGGAGCAGGAGGCCUUCCUUUAUCUGCACAUCCUCAAGCUGCAGAACAAGUACCAAGAGGCUUGGGAAUUCCUUACUGGCGAGCUGUGCGCCAAGAUCUAUCCAGGUGCUCCAGUCAGCAUGAAGUUUGAGCUACUCAAGGAACUUGGUAACUGGCGGGAGCUAAAUGAGCUGUUGCAGCAGCUUCUUGACGCAGAUCGCGACCGCUGGGAUUUCUACAAGGAGUACAUUCAAAGUUCUUUUGAAUUGCUUAAGCUUACGUCGGAUGCGGAGGAGAACGGGGAGAAGGAUUCGUUGGGGAGAUGUCAGGAGUUCCUUCAGGGCAUCAUUGACUCAUCGGAGCGCAAGAAACGUGGUCCGUAUCUGGCGCGCUUAGAGCUCCACCAGCGCAUGCGAGCAGAAAAACUGCCAGCGGAAAAACUUAUUGGCGACUUUGACGAAAUGGUAAUCGAGUACUUCCGGCUGUUUGGCGACAAAUCGUGCUGCACCCAUGAUAUUGCCCUGUUCUUGCCUUCGGUUAGCAUGAAACAGCGGCAAGCACUGGCCAGUAAACUUUUGUUGGAAAGCGGUGUGAGCUCCACGUCACUUCCGAAGAACAAAGAGCAGUUGCAGAAGCAUCUUUGCGCUUUGCAACUAUCUCGUAUGUGCGGUUCUCAUAUGGAGCUUUCCACGGAUCACCUGCUUGCCUUUUACACGGCCCUUAAACUGCACUACGAGCAUGGUCGAAGUACUUUUGGUAAAAAACUGCUGGCUACGGAAAUGGGACCAUCGGAUGCGUACGCAUUGCUGGCUGCAAACGUGAUGUACGAUCUAAGUAAAAGAGAAAACAAGUCGGAUCAUUUGUUCGAGGCUCUGUGCCUGCUGCAGUACGUCCUGCGAAAUAGUACUAGUAACUUUCAUGUAAAGCUGCUAAGUUUGAAGAUAUACCAUCUGUUUGGCUGCCAGGUCGGCGCACAAGAGAUGUACGAGUACCUGGAUAUUAAGCAGAUCCAGCUGGACUCGAUGGGCUAUGUACACUGCCAGCUGCUGCCUUUAUGUGGUCGCUUCUCAGGUACCCGGAAUGUAUACGAUGCCACGCUGAAGUUCUUCACCAACAGCUACAAGGAGCGAUUGGAGUAUAUUGCGUUGACCUAUCGAUUUUGCACGUUCUCGAAAAUGGAAGAGUUCAUGAAUUUUAAAGAGCGGUUAACCAACAGCUUGCAGUACGUGGCCUGUUCGGUGGAGGCGCAGAUCUGUGACCUUGUCAGUUGUUAUGGCAAUAUACAGCAAAAUCUGACAGCAUAUACUGCAAUGAGCAUUGAGCCGGCGGAAGACCGCAUCGCAUGGCAUGAGUUGAGUGACAAUCGCGACUUGGGAGCCAUCAUCCGCUGGGAUCCUCUUCAUGAGGUAGAUGCUGCGGAGGAACGUAAGGAGUCCUUUGAUCAAGAGGUUGAGGUUCUGCAAGUGCGCUCCCUGAUGCUCAGACUUUUUGCCUCUUUUAUUGACUUGUAUCACGGAUCUAGCGUUAAAGACACACCCGCGGGAGCGGAGUCCGCAACCCUUGAACUCUUGCGGGAGUCUUGGACGGGAUUAUUUCAACGUUUGCGUCUAAUGAACUACAAGCCGUUGGCGCAAAAGUUUCUAGUCAACCUGUUGCCCACACGCCUUACCCUGCUCCUCGAGCUACCGUACGAACGUUUCUUCGACGACCUGGCCCAGUUGGUACUUGAUUUGCAAAGCGGAUCUGGAAAGCUGGCCGAGCAGUGCAAGCGGGUGGGUGACAAUGUAAUUACAGUUAUGGAGUUGUGCGUUCAGACCAUCAACGAGAGUAACGAAUGUAAUGCUGUUGACGGUUUGUGGAAGCGACGGGGGCAGCAGCAGAAGGUGGCUGCUAGUUUGGAAAUGUUUUCACUUUAUGCCUUACUGCUGUCUGUGCUACACGACAAGCUGCAGGUCAGCUCUAAGGCCAAGAAAAAGAGGCCUGUGGACAACAAGUUGGAUGGACCCCAACCGAUUAGCGAGAAGGAGCGAAGUCAGAUGUUGCAGGAACUAAUGCGACAACUUAAGCAUAAGCUUGAGACUUGCGAUGCGACCAUACGCACCUGGAAGGCGCCGGUCCUGCCACACGAUCUUAGCUCCUUCAUGGCUGAUAUGUCGCUAAAGCCGGAGGUAGAGGCGACGCUCAUUAGUGAUGUCUCGGCCACUUUUAAGGACUCCCACGAGCUGAUGGUCACCGAGUUGCGCAAUCUGCUUAAGGACAAGAUACGCAUGGUGGCCAAAUAGAUGCUUCUUUGCUGUGCAAAGGCCAUCAGCCAGUCCGGCCAUCGUUGCCCAAUCAGGAUAAAAGUUCAUAGUUUGUUAUUUAAUUUUGUUAACGAAUACAACCAACCUCCUCCUACUCCUUACUACAAUUAUCUCGAACAACAGAGCAUGUCAGCACUUUUCAAUCAAUUUUCGGCAUUUCCCCUUGUACAACAUAGUAGAAGUUGUAAAAUUUGUAAAACAAAAGUUAAAAAAGAAACAAAACAAAGAAAAAAGAUUGCGUACCGCUUGUAAGUA